GCUCCUGUGGAUUCGGAGUUCUUUUCUUUGUCACCGUUCCUGUGGGUUUUCGCCAUGGGCGGGGCGAACCGCGUGGAUGAACUGGGCAAAGCGCAUGGUGCUAAAAAUGCACCGCACUGCGGCAAGCUGACAGCUCAUCCUGAAGGGAUGGGCUCGCUGCUGAAGCCAACGGAAGGCACCGGUCUACGUGCCACGAUUUUCAAUCUCUCGAACACCAUCAUGGGAGGAGGCAUUCUUGGCUUACCGCAUGCCAUUGCUCGACUUGGUCUUGUGGCGGGCAUCAGUCUCCUCAUCGCCACUGCUGGGCUUUGCUGCAUCACAGUUUGGAUGCUCCUCGUGGCUAUGGAGGAGACACGACAGAAGUCCUACGCGGAAGUGGCGAACGUCCUACAUGGCCCACGAGCGGGCAUCCUGGUGGAUGUCACCAUUGCAUUGUACAACUUUGGGACACUGGUGUCCUAUGUGAUGAUCAUCGGCGAUGUGGUGCCAUCUUUCCUGGGCUUCUUGAAUGCGCCUGAAGCGCUGCAGGAUCGCACGCUGGUCUUGGUGCUCUCAGCUUUGGUGCUCUUCCCGUUGAGCUCAAUGCCGAGCAUGGGCGCCUUACGGCAUGCCUCCUUGGUUUGCAUUCUGAUGAUCGCAUGCCUGUCCUUGGCCUUGGUAUUGCUGGGGACGAAGACCAUCGAUGUGUCCAAAGACUCCUAUGGCCCAGUGGAGCUCUGGAGCGACGACCUCUUAGGCUUCGCCACACAGCUCCCGGUCUUGAUCUUUGCGUACACCUGCAACAUGAACGUACCCAUCUUCUACGGGGAGCUGCGAGCUCAGACCUACGAAAGCUUUGACAGCAAGUUCAACUCCAAGAGGGAAAAGAUGAUGUUCGCCAUGUACUUCAGCUCCCUGCUGUGCUGUGUGGAGUAUCUCUUGGUGGCCGUCUUCGGGUACUUGGCGUUCCGACGGCACACGGCGCCCGACAUCUUGACGAACUUGCACGAGGAGCGGUUUGCUGCAGCGCCAUAUGUGAAGGUGGGCUACUCCUUGGUGAUGUUCACCUCAUAUCCAGUGAUGUGUUUCAGUUGUGUGGCCUCCCUUCACCGCCUCUUUUGGGAGUUCCGCUCCAUGUUUGGCGAUGAUGACCAUGCCUACAAACGCUUUGAAGCGUGCAGUCCAGCUGUGCAACAUGACAGCCCACUCUCGCCAUGCGUCUUUGCAACACCGUACCGAUGGCCAGGAGAGAAUCAUUUGAAGGAGCCCGCGGAAUUUGUGAAGAAGGAUCAGGCUGGCAUCUCUCCACCCGCGCCCACCCUCUGGGAGCGCUUGCUGUUGGUUUUGGCCUUGGUCUCAAGUUCCAUCCUACUGGCGGCGGUCUUGCCGGAUCUCUCGGUGGUCUUCGGUCUGACAGGCGGUUUUUGCGGCGGAUUGGUGACGUUCUGCUUCCCUGCGAUGUUUUACAUCCGGGUGGCCAGUAAGAAAGGCGAGCGUUUGAUUCUUGGCACAUGGGCUGGACACCUGCUAUUCAUCUUCGGACUCCUGGCCGGCGUGGGCAGCUCGGCCAUUGUGGCUCUCGAAGCGAUCAAUCGAUCCAGCUCGAGCUGAUGGCUGAUGCGAGACUCACGGGCAGCGCUAGCAGGUGCACGGGCGAAUUUUGGAACUCACUGG